AUGUCUAUUGAGUUCAAAGCCACUCCACCUGCGAAGCCGCAGCCGGAGCCGAGCACUGAAACUGGUAUUCGUACUACGAAUAUCCCCACCAUCAAGAAUGGUGUGUUGAUUGCUGAGGGUGCCGGUGCACGGGGAUUCUCCAACACCAUUUUGAUUGGAUUACUUUUGGGGAUUCCGUAUUACUUCAAGAGAAAAAUUGGCGGCGGUUUUGUGACGUUUGUUAUUCUGGCUGCUCUCUUUGCUAUUCCCAUUUUGAUGGCAUACUGGUCCAUUACUUCGACCUAUCUGCCUCGCAUCAAUGAAAAAUGCAAGCUCCCUGGAAAGGGUGUUGAGCACUACCUGGAGUUCCACGAUCCAGAGUUGGCCCAGAAGUACAGAGGAAACAACAAGAUCCCUUAUGAGACUUUUUACGAGUUGUACUUUGAGAAUAAGGUCUCUUUCAAGGGUGACGCUCUCGACGUUCUUGAGAUGCGUCACGACUGGGCUAGUUUCCGCUUCACACUUGGCUUGUACAAGUUCUUCCUUUUUGGUAUGAUCCCUGAGGUCAUUAUGCAUUCCCGAUCGCAGGACGAGGAGCAGGUCCGCGAGCACUACGACCGUGGUGACGACUUUUACGAGUGGUUCCUUGGCCCCCGCAUGAUCUAUACUUCCGGCAUUGUUAGCGACAUCACGCGCGAGGAGACUCUCGAGGAACUCCAGGACAACAAAUUGCGUGUUGUUGCUGAGAAGAUUGGCGUCAAGAAGGGCGAUCGCGUUCUUGAUCUCGGCUGCGGCUGGGGUACUCUGGCUCGCUUCCUGUCCUCCCAGUAUGGAGCCCACGUUACCGGUGUUACUCUUGGCCGCAACCAAGCUGCGUGGGGUAAUGCCAAUUUGGCUAAGGACGGCAUCCCCACCAGCCAAUCUAAGAUACUUUGCAUGGAUUAUCGCGAUGCUCCCGUUCCCGAGGGCAAAUACAACUGCAUCACCUGCUUGGAGAUGUCCGAGCACGUGGGUGUCCGUAAGUUCAACAGCUUCUUGCAGCAGGUCUACGAUAUGCUUGACGACGAUGGUGUUUUCUUCAUGCAGUACGCUGGUCUGCGCAAGUCCUGGCAGUUCGAGGACCUCAUUUGGGGUCUCUUCAUGAACAAGUACAUUUUCCCCGGUGCUGAUGCCUCUACUCCAUUGGGCUGGACCAUUGAUAAGCUGGAGGCUACUGGGUUCGAAAUCACUUCUGUUGAUACGAUUGGUAUCCACUACUCUGCUACCAUCUGGAGAUGGUAUCGCAACUGGCUGGGCAACAAGGACAGCGUCAUCAACAAGUACGGUCUCAAGUGGUUCCGCAUUUGGGAAUUUUUCCUUGCUUCGUCGACAAUUGUAGCUCGCGAGGGCUCUUCCACUGCUUUCCAGAUUGUUAUGCGCAAGAAUCUCAACAGCACGCACCGUGCAGAGUUCAUCCCCCGCCAGUUCAAUCUGCAGGUUCCCAAGCCUGCUAACGGCAACAAAUGGCUCAAAGAGGACUUCUAA